AUGGCCAGGCUCUUGGUGAAAUUCCAACGGUACUUCCAGCGGAAACCCAUCCGGUUCUUCAUGCUGAUCGCCCUCUACUUGACUGCCGGCAGCCUGGUGUUCCUCCACGCCAGCUUCACCGGGGAGCCGAGAGUCUCGGAGAACGAGCCCACGGCCAAUGAUGGCACCAGCCGCAGGACCGAACUCCAGUAUCUGGGGACACCGCAGCUUAGCAGGGAAUUUAAGGAGCUGCCAGAGCCUCUGACGACUGCUCGGAGGUACGGGUCCUGGUUUAAAAUUCCUUCCAAGGACAUACCAGGGAGGAGCAAUCCGGGAGACUACGGCGGGACGUGGAGCAGGGCCCUCAAGGGGAGGAACGUCCGCGAGAAGGAGGAAGACAAAGCUAAGUACAUCGGCUGUUACGUCGACAACAUCCACCGCAGAGCCCUCCGCGGAGUGUCCUUCUUCGACUACAAAAAGAUGACAUUGUUCCGUUGCCAGGACAACUGUGCCGAGCGGGGUUACCUCUACGCCGGUCUGGAGUUUGGGGCCGAAUGCUACUGCGGGCACAAGAUCCAGGCCGUCAACGUGAGCGACUCCGACUGCAACAUGGAGUGCAAAGGGGAGAAGAGCAACAUCUGCGGGGGAGUGAACCGCCUGUCCAUCUACCGCCUGGAGCUGGCACAGGAGUCGGCACGGAGGUAUGGCAGCGCCAUAUUCCGGGGAUGUUUCCGCAGGCCAGAGAACGUUUCCGUGGCUUUGUUGGCAAGCCGGGUGAUGAAAAACAUGUCUGUGGACCGAUGUGUUGACUUCUGCACCGGGAAGGAGUACCCUCUUGCAGCGCUGGCCGGAUCCUGGUGCCACUGUGGCUUCCCCACCACCCUCUUCAAUUUGCACGAGCGUGAAGAUGAGCAGCUGUGCGCACAGAAAUGCAGUGGCGAGGAAUUUGAGAGCUGCGGCAACUCCAAGUAUUUCAUCAUUUACCAGACUCAAGUGCAAGACAACCGGUGCAUGGACAGGAGGUUUUUAACUGCUCGAGCGAAACAAUUAAUCGCCCUCGCCAGCUUUCCCGGAGCAGGCAACACUUGGGCGCGGCACCUCAUUGAGCUCGCGACGGGCUUCUACACCGGCAGUUAUUAUUUCGAUGGCUCCCUGUAUAACAAAGGGUUCAAAGGCGAACGGGACCACUGGCGGAGCGGGAGGACGAUCUGCAUCAAGACCCACGAGAGCGGGCAGAAGGAGAUCGAGGCGUUCGACUCGGCCAUCUUGCUCAUCCGGAACCCCUACAAAGCGCUCAUGGCUGAAUUCAAUCGGAAAUACGGCGGCCACAUCGGUUUCGCGUCUCACGCCCACUGGAAAGGGAAAGAGUGGCCCGAAUUUGUCAAGAACUACGCCCCCUGGUGGGCCACGCACACCAUCGAUUGGCUGAAGUAUGGGAAGAAUGUCCUGGUGGUCCAUUUCGAGGACCUGAAGCGGGACCUCUUUGUCCAGCUCAAGCGGAUGGUCAGCCUCCUCGGCAUCGCGGUCCUCGAGGACCGGCUCCUGUGCGUCGAGGGCCAGAAGGAUGGGAACUUCAAGCGCUCCGGGCUGCGGAAGCUGGAGUACGACCCCUACACGCCCGAGAUGAGGAAGAUGAUUGGCGGCUACAUCAAAACGGUGGACAGGGCGCUCAAACUCAGAAACCUCACCGGGGUGCCAGAGGACUACUAUCCGAGAUGA